CUCACAGAAUUGGACUCCAUAACCGGGGAAACACCACUUCCGCUGACGUCAUCACGCCGACACGUGGAUCCAAGAUGGCGGCAGCGAUGGCUUGGUUGCCGUGGUCCCUGCUGCUUCUCUCCUUCAUGUGUGGAACAAGAGCCUUCUAUGUCCCUGGGGUCGCGCCAAUCAACUUCCACCAGAAUGACCCUGUAGAAAUCAAGGCUGUGAAGCUCACCAGCUCUCGAACCCAGUUACCUUAUGAGUACUACUCACUGCCCUUCUGCCAGCCCUUAAAAAUAAAGUACAAGGCAGAGAAUCUGGGAGAGGUGCUGAGAGGGGACCGGAUUGUCAACACCCCUUUCCAGGUUCUCAUGAAUAGCGAAAAGAAGUGUGAGGUUCUGUGCAGUGAGUCCAACAAACCAGUGACCCUGUCCGUGAAAGAGAGCCGGCUCGUGGCGGAGCGGAUCACGGAGGACUACUAUGUCCACCUCAUUGCCGACAACCUGCCUGUGGCCACCCGGCUGGAGCUCUACUCCAACCGCGACGGCGAUGACAAGAAGAAGGAAAAAGAUGUGCAGUUUGAACACGGCUACCGGCUUGGCUUCACGGAUGUCAACAAGAUCUACCUUCACAAUCACCUCUCCUUCAUCCUUUACUACCACCGAGAGGACUUGGAAGAGGACCAAGAGCACACAUACCGUGUCGUCCGCUUCGAGGUGAUUCCCCAGAGCAUCAGGCUGGAGGACCUCAAAGUAGAUGAGAAGAGUUCAUGCACUCUGCCUGAGGGUGCCAACUCCUCGCCCCAAGAAAUUGAUCCCACCAAGGAAAAUCAGCUGUACUUCACCUACUCUGUACACUGGGAGGAAAGUGACAUCAAAUGGGCCUCUCGCUGGGACACUUACCUGACCAUGAGUGAUGUGCAGAUCCACUGGUUUUCUAUCAUUAACUCCGUUGUUGUGGUCUUCUUCCUAUCAGGCAUCCUCAGCAUGAUUAUCAUUCGGACCCUCCGGAAGGACAUUGCCAACUAUAACAAAGAGGAUGACAUUGAAGACACCAUGGAAGAGUCUGGGUGGAAGUUGGUGCACGGUGACGUCUUCAGGCCACCCCAGUACCCCAUGAUCCUCAGCUCCCUGUUGGGCUCAGGCAUUCAACUCUUCUGUAUGAUCCUCAUCGUCAUCUUUGUGGCCAUGCUUGGGAUGCUGUCACCCUCCAGCCGGGGAGCUCUCAUGACCACUGCCUGCUUCCUCUUCAUGUUCAUGGGAGUUUUUGGUGGAUUUUCCGCUGGCCGUCUGUACCGCACUCUAAAAGGCCAUCGGUGGAAGAAAGGAGCCUUCUGUACAGCGACACUGUACCCUGGCGUGGUUUUCGGCAUUUGCUUCGUAUUGAAUUGCUUCAUCUGGGGAAAGCACUCAUCAGGAGCGGUGCCCUUUCCCACUAUGGUGGCCCUGCUGUGCAUGUGGUUCGGGAUCUCCCUGCCCCUCGUCUACCUGGGCUACUACUUCGGCUUCAGAAAGCAGCCAUAUGACAACCCUGUGCGCACCAAUCAAAUUCCCCGGCAGAUCCCUGAACAGCGGUGGUACAUGAACCGAUUUGUGGGCAUUCUUAUGGCUGGGAUCCUGCCCUUUGGUGCCAUGUUCAUCGAGCUUUUCUUCAUCUUCAGUGCAAUCUGGGAGAAUCAGUUCUAUUACCUCUUUGGCUUCCUAUUCCUCGUCUUCAUCAUCCUGGUGGUGUCCUGCUCACAAAUCAGCAUCGUCAUGGUGUACUUUCAGCUGUGUGCAGAGGAUUACCGCUGGUGGUGGAGGAAUUUCCUAGUCUCCGGGGGAUCUGCAUUCUACGUCCUGGUCUAUGCCAUCUUUUAUUUUGUUAACAAGCUGGACAUCGUCGAGUUCAUCCCCUCUCUCCUCUACUUCGGCUACACGGCCCUCAUGGUCCUGUCCUUCUGGCUCCUCACGGGCACCAUCGGCUUCUAUGCAGCCUACAUGUUUGUCCGCAAGAUCUACGCUGCUGUGAAGAUAGACUGAUGGGGGUGGACCAUAGCCAUGCCCGCUCCGUCCAUGGACAGGAAGCACCCUGCGUGGGGAACUGCAGGCACGCAAAAUAAAGUAACUCCUGCUUGUUUGGAAUGUAA